UUGUAAGAUCCGCGUCUCAUUUGUUCGUUCAACAAGAGGACGGUCUGUUUGCGUUUCAGCACAGUUCAACGUUAUUACUACAGAAUCUGUAUGAUGGCGUUUGGUGUUCGACUGUUGUUCGUGAGACGAUACGUUUCCGUAUUUCUCUUUCUUUCUGCCACCAUGAACACUGCAUCCACCGUUACGCAUUAUUCUGUUCCCGAAGAAAUGGAGGAAGGCUCUGUCGUUGCGAAUUUAGCAGCUGAUUUGGGAUUGGACGUGAAGACACUAAAGGGAAGGAAAAUGCGCAUUGACGUUGUAGGUAAUAAAAAGUAUCUUGAUAUCAACAAGGACACCGGGGAGCUGUUUAUUCUGGAAAGGAUAGACAGAGAAUUGUUGUGCCCCUUAAAAACCCAAUACUGCUUUCUUAAAUUAGACGCUGCAAUUGAAAAUCCAAUACGAAUGUUUAAUAUCGAGGUGGAAAUCACGGAUAUUAAUGACAACGCCCCUCAUUUUCGACGAGGAACGAUGCAUUUGGACAUCUCUGAAUCCAGCCCCGUUGGAGAGAGAUUCUCAUUGAAUAAUGCAGCAGAUCCAGAUGUUGGAACGAAUUCUGUGAAAGAUUACCAUCUGAGCUCAAGUGAACAUUUCUCAAUUGAAAUUCAGACCGGGAGAGACGGGACAAAGUUUGCGGAUUUGAUUCUGAAAAAAGCUUUAGACAGAGAGCAGCAGGCAGUUCAUAAUCUGAUACUGACAGCAGUGGACGGUGGAGUCCCCACGCGCACAGGUACAGCCAGCAUCAUUGUUCGCGUGCUUGAUGUGAACGACAACGCCCCUUCAUUUGACAAAGACAAAUACGUCGUGGAUGUGAUGGAAAACUCCCCGAUUGGCAGUCUGGUAAUGAAAAUGAAUGCCACUGAUUUAGAUGAAGGGAGCAAUUCUGAUAUUGUUUAUUCAUAUAGUUUGUAUACAUCAGAGAGGACGCAACAGAUGUUUAACUUGAAUCCAGAAAACGGUGAAAUCAGAGUAAAAGAGAUGAUAAAUUAUGAAGACUUUAAGAUUUAUGAAAUGGAGGUCAUUGCAAGUGAUAAGGGGCCUAACUCCUUAUCUGGACAGUGUAAACUGACAAUCCAGGUGACAGAUAUGAAUGACAACCACCCAGAAAUAUCCAUCAAAUCAUUUCAAAGUCCGAUCAAAGAAAAUGAGCCAAUAGACACAGUGAUCGCUGUAGUUAGUGUCAGUGACAAAGACUCAGGAGACAACGGAGUGGUUGAUCUUCAUAUUCCAGAUAAUAUGCCUUUCAAACUGAGGGAAUCCUCUGAUAACUAUUAUGAGUUAGUCGUAUCAGAGCCGUUAGACCGUGAGAAGGUUCCAGAAUAUGACGUGACUUUCACUGUUACAGACAGAGGUUCUCCUCCUUUAUCUGACAAUGAAACUAUGACGUUGGAACUGCUGGAUGUGAAUGACAAUGUUCCACAGUUCCCUCAGUCAUUUUAUACUAUCCGUGUGAUGGAGAAUAACGCACCUGGGGCCUUGCUCAGUUCCCUCACUGCGUUUGACCCUGACCUCCAUGAAAACCAGUAUCUGGUGUAUUUCAUCCUGGAGAAGGAGAUAGCCAACACCUCCAUGUCCAUGCUGUUCUCCAUCAAUCCAGAGAACGGGAAUCUUUACGCACUGAAAACUUUUGACUAUGAGAUCGAGAAGGAGUUUCUUUUCCACAUCGAGGCCAGAGACUCUGGCUCUCCUCCACUCAGCAGCAACGUGACGGUCCACAUCAUCAUAGUGGACCAGAACGACAACGCUCCGGUGAUUGUCUCUCCGUGGCGCGCGCACGGCUCGGUGGUGGAGGAAAAGAUCCCCAGAUCCACCGACAAAGGCUCUCUGGUUGCCAAGGUGAUAGCCUUAGACACCGACUCGGUGCACAACUCUCGGAUUACCUACCAGUUUCUCCAGGUGACUGACGCCACCUUGUUCAGUCUGGACCAAUACAACGGAGAGAUCCGGACUAUGAGGAUGUUCAGUUACAGAGAUCCGCGCCAUCAGAGACUGGUUGUUGUUGCCAAGGACAACGGGGAGCCUGCUCUCUCUGCUACAGUCACCAUCAAGCUGUCCACAGUGGAGACUGCCGUGAAGGCCUACUCUGACAUGACGGAGGUGCCUCUAGAAUACGACAUCUUCUCAGACCUAAACCUGUAUUUGGUCAUCGGUCUGGGCUCGGUGUCAUUUCUCCUGCUCAUCACCAUAUUGGUCACCAUCGUGCUCAAAUGUCAGAAACCCAAGGCCAGCAAAGCGACUCCUCCCUGCAGGAACAGUGUGAUCAGUGAGAGGAACUCCACCAUCGCAGAUUCCACUCUGGUGUCCAACGAUGCCUACUGGUACAGUCUGUUUCUAGCGGAGACCAGGAAAGGAAAGCUGGUGGUGAGACAGCCUGUGCCAAAGGGCUCCAGAUACAUCGUGUCCAGUAUACCAAGAGGAACAGGACUGACAGACACGAGUGACUCUGCAGCGUCCACUCUGCAGUACCCUAAAUGAGGGAAGUCCACUCUGCAGCUGGAGGCAUCCACCACCAGCAGCAGCAGUUCCACAUAAGGCCACACAUUCAGCUGCGUACCCGAUUGAGCCUGACAGGAAAGCUUCACAGAGAAAAAGGAGAAACCCCUGCCCAUAAGCCCCUCUCCCAUGUCCAUCCAGCUCAGUCUGAUCCUUGUUCCUUGCAAUAUGUCGUUGUCAUGCUGUGACACCAAAUGGACUACGGUGGCUAAUCAAUGACAUAGCCUUGCCCUUCUCCUUGUUUAAGCACAUAAAAAGCCAACCAACAAUGCCUCGCUGUCCAUUCAAUAUGCAUGAUAAGACUGCAUGGCUUCAACCACACUCCAAGACCUUCAUAAUAAAAAAUGAAAGAGGACAUACUCAAAAAGAAACAGCGAAAAAUUACACCUAUGGAUAUUCAAAGAAGCCACAACAAGGACUGUCGGAUUGGACGCAGGCAUGUUGAAAUGCCUUUAAGAGACUGUUUUCCCUCUCUAAAAAUGAAACACAUGUUGGACAUUGCGUUUUAAACCUCUGUGCUUUGUCUUGCUCUAUAACAGCAUUGAUGUAUAAUAUACAAGUUAUCCAAGAAGUGAAGCAGCACAACUAACUAAAUGUCAGAAAAGCACCAACCUUGGAUUUUAAAACAUGAAACAAAAGGAAAUCAGUAUUUUAUAAAUGUUGUAGCUUUUAGUCGUUUUUUGUUUAUACUUGACUUUGUGCUUUAUAUGUGAACUAGGCCUAAGUAUAUGAAGUAGAGUGAUAUGAGAUUAAGAUAAGUAACCAGUACAUUGAACAGAUAAAAUUGAGGCCUUUUGCUAUUACAUAACUGCCUUUCAGUUGUUUUUGCAUGGUUCAAUCAAAGUACUUUGAUAGCUUUAGAUAUUUUAUGAUAUUGAACAAUCCAUUUUCUGUAGUUACAGUAUCUCACUGUGUAGCAUUGUUCAAAACCAGAUGGAAGAUUACAUUUGAAGGGGAUCACAAACAAAAGACAACAGACCUAAUACUUUCAUCUUAAGAUCCUUAGAGAGGGUGAACAGAUCUGUAAUCGCAUUCCUUUUUCCUAAUUUCUAGGCAAGAGGGAAAUGGCUGGCAGCAGUGGGACAUUUCUAUGGAUUCAUAGUUAGUGUACAGUGGGCUUGAAUGUUGAACACAAGUGGACACAGUGAGUCUUUGAGAAUGGAUUGAAUAAUAUAUACUUUGUGACCAUAUCCAUCACAAACAUGACAAUGUACUUUCACUGUUUUUUUUUUUUAAACCAAUCUCUGGAUGUUUAGUUUCAGUGUAUUCUGAGGUUGUGUAACAAGUUGAAAACUCAGAACUGAACAUGAAAACUUACUGUUUGCUUUACAAUACUAAGACAUACAUACAGUAGUUGUGGUUGAUUUCACCCAAAUGAAAGCUGUGCUCACGUGUGUUAAUGACUACUGUAUAAGAUAAGAUGUAUCUACAUAUGCAACACAUAAAUACUGAUAUAGAUAUGGCUGACAUUUACAGUAUAUCAUAUGUCUGUAUCUAUAAACAUGCCUUUCUUUUUCAAUGCCAAUGUUGAACUUUUUAAAGUGAACAAAAACAGUGGAACUCUUGUGCCAUCAGAUUUAUGAGCCAACUAGUAUGUGAAACAGUAAUCAGGCAUCAUGUAGUCAAACUCUUUAGCACAGCUCACAUUGCAUUACUUGUACAAAGUUGUAAUGUUUUAAAGGCAAAAAUAUACAGUAAGUGCUUUUGUACAGUGGUACUUUCAUGGUGCAAUAUGUGGUAUCUUGUGUAAUGUGAGCUUACUGUUUGCUAUGGUCUGGUGUGUGCGAUCUAUUAAAUACAAACACAAA